CCAACAUGAGGGUUUCAAAGUAGUGGCUCAGGUUGGCCUGCAAUCAUGGCAGACUUCCCAGAGGAGGUGGCACAGGCUGAAAGUGAAAGGUGCAAAAGGGACCAGGCAGCAGGGAGGCCAGGGCUGAGGGCACACAGAGGGUCCAUGCAGGUGUGAACUGUUCAUUGUCCCUGGCCCCUGGGGUCUACUUAGGUCACGAAAAAGGUCCCAGCAUGUUGCUGUUUGUGAAGGAAGUUGGUAAACAGCAGAAAAUGUCCCAAAACAGCGGUGCAUACACCAGGAUACUCAUAGCCUGCCACCUCCCCCUAAACCUUGGAAAAGAUCAUUAGACAAAUAUUGAUGGAACACGUGCAGUGCGCUAGGCACUGUCCUAGCCACCAAGGAUACAGCGAUGAACAAAACAGACCCAACCCUGCUGGGGCUGAGGUUCCGGCUGAAUAUGUAAUCCGGAAGUGGUGGCCCCAGCGACUGUCCUCAGCCCACCAGCCCUUGCUCCCCACGGGGAUGGGAAGGUCUCAGGGCAGCAGUAAGAGCCUGUUCAUUCCUGGAAUCCCCAAUUAGGACCGCCAGCGCUCACUGUGGCUGGAGAAGUCAGGCACCUGAAGGUGCCCACGUGGAUUUGGGGUCAUGCUCUGAACACCUAACUAGUCAACCGGACGCUAAACACAGGACCUAGCAUCCAGGAGGUGCCUCGUAAAUGGUGCCAUCAUUGUGGUUCCGAGGGGGUGGCUAAAUGGCGGACUUUUGCUGGAGGUAAGGGUAGGAUCGGCGCGUGGACCGCAGGUCCGGGAAGCUGCGGGGCUGGCGUGCGCAUGCGCCUCCUUCCGGGGGAGGCCCCGCCCCACUUGCGCGCGGCCCCCUGCGCCCAGAACAGCGAGGAGUGCGGUGGUAGCACCAUGCCCCCACUGGAAGCGAUCCGCUACUCGAGGGGCUCACUGCAGAUCCUCGACCAACUGCUGCUGCCCCAGCAGAGGCGCUACGAGGGGGUGGGCUCGGUGCGCCAGGCCUGGGAGGCCAUCCGCGCCAUGAAGGUGCGCGGUGCCCCGGCCAUAGCGCUCGUGGGCUGCCUCAGCCUCGCCGUGGAACUGCAGGCGGGCGCCGGGGGACCGGGACUCGCCGCGCUCGUGGCCUUCGUGCGCGACGCGCUGAGCUUCUUAGUCACCGCCCGGCCCACCGCGGUCAACAUGGCCCGCGCCGCCCGCGACCUGGCCGACGCGGCAGCCCGGGAGGCCGAGCGAGAGGGUGCCACGGAGGAGACGGUCCGGGAGAGAGUGAUCUGCUAUGCUGAGGACAUGCUGGAGAAAGACCUCAAGGAUAAUCGGAGCAUUGGGGACCUGGGAGCUCAACACCUCCUGGAGCGAGCAGCCCCCAAGGGUGGCAAGGUGACCGUGCUGACCCACUGUAACACUGGUGCACUGGCCACUGCUGGCUACGGCACAGCCCUGGGUGUGAUCCGCUCACUGCACAACCUUGGCCGCCUGGAGCUUGCCUUCUGCACAGAGACCCGGCCCUACAACCAGGGGGCCCGGCUGACAGCCUUCGAGCUGGUCUACGAGCAGAUCCCUGCCACCCUCAUCGCUGACAGCAUGGCAGCAGCUGCUAUGGCCCAUCGGGGCGUGUCAGCUGUCAUUGUGGGAGCUGACCGCGUAGUUGCCAACGGUGACACAGCCAACAAGGUGGGCACUUACCAGCUGGCCAUCGCUGCCAAGCACCAUGGCAUUCCCUUCUAUGUGGCCGCCCCCAGCUCCUCAUGUGACCUCCAACUGGAGUCGGGCCAGCAGAUCAUCAUCGAGGAGCGCCCAGGCCAGGAGCUAACCGAUGUCAAUGGAGUCAGGAUUGCAGCGCCUGGAAUUGGGGUUUGGAAUCCUGCCUUCGAUGUCACCCCCCAUGACCUCAUCACCGGUGGCAUCAUCACAGAGCUGGGCGUCUUUGCCCCCAAAGAACUCCGGGCAGCCUUAAGCACCACCGUCUCCUGAGGGUGGGACCCUAGAUGGAGAAGUAACCAACCUGGCUCUCCAUACCCUUUCCUACCCCCAUCCCCGUAGGUUUUAUAAUAAAACUUAUUGAAUGGCCUGCCCCAAAGCUGACCUUCUUCCCGCAAUCACACUUCUUCCUAGAGCAGGGAGA